AUCACGUGACCCGCCCUUAUUUCUGAUUCCCGGAUGUGGAUGAGCCCACUUGCUCUUGCGGAGGGGAGGGCUGGAGAAAUUGUUUCCAAUAAGAGUACGGAGGCAGGGGGCGGAAGGGACGUGCAGACGCCGGAGGCUGGACAUAAAGUUGGCGGUGACGCGCAUGCGCGCCUCGGCCCGAGUUGCCACAGCAAAGGGGACUUGGCGAUGGAGGCGUUGUUGGAAGGAAUAAAAAAUCAGGGGCAUGGUGGGGGAUUUUUGACAUCCUGUGAAGCAGAACUACAAGAGCUCAUGAAACAGAUUGACAUAAUGGUGGCUCAUAAAAAGUCUGAAUGGGAAGGGCAGACACAUGCUCUGGAAACUUGCCUGGACAUCCGUGACCAGGAACUUAAGACCCUUAGGAGUCAGUUGGAUAUGAAACACAAAGAGGUUGGAAUGUUGCAUCAGCAGAUAGAAGAACAUGAAAAAGUCAAGCAAGAGAUGGCCAUGGAGUAUAAGCAGGAGUUAAAGAAAUUGCAGGAGGAAUUAGGUAGACUGAAGAGAAGCUAUGAAAAACUGCAGAAAAAGCAAAUACGGGAAUUCAGAGGAAGUACCAAAAAUCACAAGGAGGAUCAGUCUGAGAUUGAGAGGUUAAAUGGAAAAGUAGAGGAAUUUCGUCAGAAAUCACUGGACUGGGAGAAGCAGCGCUUGAUUUAUCAGCAACAGGUAUCUUCUCUGGAGGCACAAAGGAAGGCUCUGGCUGAACAGUCAGAGAUAAUUCAGGCUCAGCUCACCAAUAGGAAACAGAAAUUAGACUCUGUGGAGUUGUCCAGUCAGUCAGAAAUCCAGCACCUGAGCAGUAAGCUUGAGCGGGCCAAGGACACCAUCUGUGCCAAUGAGUUGGAAAUAGAGCGUCUUAACAUGAGGGUUAAUGACUUGAUUGGAACCAAUAUGACUAUUCUGCAUGAGCAACGGCAAAAAGAGGAAAAACUGAGAGAAUCUGAAAAACUGUUGGAGACUCUGCAGGAAGAAAAGAGAGAAUUGAAGGCAAAUCUUCAGUAUCAUGAAAAUUUCAUGCAUGAGGAAAAAAAAAUGCAAAAGAAGUUACAAGCAAAAGGAAACAACACCCAACACCUAGUAGACUCCAUAAGACCACUGGAGGACUCUCAGGCUGAAAGGAGGAUCACCUUUCAAGGGCAAGGGGACUUAGGCAGUGUGCUCUCCCAGUUGGAUUUUACCCACACAAGUGAAGAACUCUUGCAAGCAGAGGUGACUCGUCUAGAAGGCAGUUUGGAAUCUGUGAGUGCAACAUGUAAACAACUGAGCCAAGAGCUAAUGGAAAAAUAUGAAGAAUUGAAGAAGAUGGAAGGACAUAACAAUGAGUAUAGGGCAGAAAUUAAGACGUUGAAAGAACAGAUUUUACAAGCUGAACAGACUUACAGCUCUGCAUUAGAAGGUAUGAAGAUGGAAAUCUCCCACCUGACUCGGGAGUUACAUCAGCGAGAUAGCACUAUUGCUUCUGCCAAAUGUUCUUCCUCAGACAUGGAAAAGCAACUCAAAGCAGAGAUGCAAAAGGCAGAAGAAAAAGCAGUGGAGCAUAAGGAAAUUUUGAAUCAGUUGGAAUCACUCAAAUUAGAAAAUCAUCGUCUUUCUGAAAUGGUGAUGAAAUUGGAAUUUGGUUUACAUAAGGCAAAAGAAAUUUCACUAGCAGACCUUCAGGAGAAUUAUAUUGAGACAUUAAAUAAAUUAGUGUCUGAAAAUCAACAACUACAGAAAGAUGUAAUGCAUACCAAAUCUCAGCUGGAGAUCGCUACACAGAUGUGCAAACAAAAAGACAAUGUCUUUAAACUGACACUCAGCAGAACAACUCAGUUCAAGAAUACGGAAUUUAAGCCAACCCAUGGCCAGCACAGACAUGAUGGGAUAAAGACUGAGCACUGCAAAACAGGUCUCCACUCUCCAAGAGGACAAGCACCGGAUAGCACAGGCCCUGUGUCCAGGGCCUGCAGCCCUCUGAGUCCUCACCUCAGCUCUUGCAGCUCCACCAUCUCUUUGCCUUCUUACUUUCUGGGUCAGACUCACUCUUUGCCUUCACUGCUAGAUACAAAUGAUGCCAAUUUUUCUGACACUAUGUCUGAUGGUACGAAUGACCAAGAAGAGUUUAUAUCUUUGUACUCCACGCCUGCAUCUCCCCUGGGUUCAAUAGCUACCAGAUUUCUGGAAGAGGAGGAGCUGAGGUCUCAUCAUAUUCUAGAGCGCCUGGAUGCCCAUAUUGAAGAACUAAAAAGGGAGAGUGAAAAGACAGUGAGACAAUUCACAGCCCUGAUGUAGCUGUUUAUAAAAUCACAACCUGGAAAAGAAACACUGAAGAGUUACUGUCAUCUGAAGGAGCAGCUCUUUAAAAACAUGAACAUAUAAAAUUAUAAAGAUAGUGUAUAUUAAAACAGUGGUGAAGAAAUCUGAAAAAUUGGUGCUUCCCUUAGACAUUUUCACUGCACUAUUUGUUUGAAGGAUUUCUUCCAGCAGUAACUUGUGAGAAUCAACCUCUUUGUAGACUUUUUCUUGUAUGAAUAUUUAUUAUCAUAAAGUGAUCCUUUCUCUUACUGACA